GAAACCUGUUACUUUGUUUACCGUCUUCUUUUUCCGGAAAUUUGAAUAAAUGCCACCGCGAUUGGUACUCGCUCAAGUCAGAAACUUCUUGCAACUAGGACACCGAACUCGAAGGAUGAGCUCCAAACCAAGUGUGUACGUGACUCGACCAGAUGUGGACGAUAGCGGUCUGGAAUUGCUGCGCAAGAGCUGCCAGGUCAGCACUUGGCAUGAGACUUUUCCUGUUCCCCGCUCCGAACUGAUCCGCGAGGUGGCCGGAAAAGAUGCCCUCUACUGCGCCCUAACCGACAAGGUCGACAAGGAAGUUCUGGAUGCUGCCGGUCCACAGCUGAAGUGCGUGGCCACCAUCUCUGUGGGCUACGACCACAUCGAUGUAGAGGAGUGCAGAAAACGUGGCAUUCGAGUGGGCUUCACACCGGACGUGCUGACGGAUGCAACGGCGGAACUGACGCUUGCCCUCCUCCUAGCCACCAACCGGCGCUUGUUUGAGGCCAACAGACAGGUUUACAAUGGCGGCUGGAAAUCGUGGGCCCCUAUGUGGAUGUGCGGCCAGGGGCUGAAGGGCUCCCGGGUGGGUCUUCUAGGCUUUGGACGCAUCGGCCAAGAGAUUGCGGCACGCAUUGUGCCCUUCAAGCCCGCAGAGAUAACCUACACGACACGCACGGCAAGACCAGAGGAGGCGGCUGCUGUUAAUGCCCGACACGUCGACUUUGACGAGAUGAUCCGCAACUCAGACUUUAUCGUUGUCUGUUGCGCCCUAACGCCACAGACCAAGGAGAUUUUCAAUGCAUCGGCCUUUCAAAAGAUGAAGUCCAACUGCAUCUUUAUCAACACUGCUCGAGGUGGGGUUGUAGACCAGAAGGCCUUACACGAUGCUUUGACAACAAAGCAAAUUCAGGCCGCUGGUCUUGAUGUCACGACGCCGGAGCCAUUGCCACUCGACGACCCCCUUCUCAAGCUGGAUAACGUGGUUAUUCUCCCGCACAUUGGUAGUGCUGACAUCGAAACACGCAAGGAAAUGUCCCGCAUUACGGCUCGAAAUAUAAUUGCUGGUCUAGCUGACAAAAAAAUGGAAGCCGAAGUAUCAUUGUAAAUGCAAAGCAUUCUAAGUAUAUUUUUCGAUCCAAAUGUUUUUAAAACUGUUUUAUUUUUUAAUUAAAAACAUAUUUCUAAAAUCAUAAAAAAUUACAAUAUCUUGAGUUCGAUGCGCUUAAGUUAAAAAAAACUAUGUUACAUAUGUCGAUUUUUCCAAUCAGGUUCCGAUCGUUCCAAUGGCAAGAUCGACUUGUCGUUCAGGAAUAUGUAUAUCUCAUGUGGUUGAAAAUGCGUUACUGCGUUACAAACUUCUGACUCAAAUUAUAAUAUUUUCUGGUACAUUUAUAGAUUUACUUAUUAUUUUUAAAUACAACUUAAUUAAUUCGCUUGGAGAAUCUUGUCUUUAUUAAAUAAAAUAAAUAUAUCUUACUUAAGAUCAA